AUGCAGGCCUAUCUUCAAUAUCGACGCAUCGGCCACGCCGUGCGCAGGCAGCUCGAAGAAGAGUAUCCGGGCUUUUCCCGAGCAGAAAAGACCGAUGAUUCGACCGGCGGCGAUGCUACGAGCAACGACACCCAGCGACACCCACCGUACAUUCAAUUGCCCGGCGUGCAGCUGAAGGAGAUUGUCGACGACGAUGGAACCACCUCCUCCGUUCUCCUCGUCGAAUGGGAACACGACCACGACCCCAUCAAUCCACGCAAUUACAGCCUCGCCGCGCGGAUCUCGGCGACCCUGCUCGUGACUGCGCUGGCGUUCGCUGUGGGAUGUGCGUCGUCAAUCGAGUCAGGGGUCAUGCCUCAAAACGCCGCUGCGUUCCAUGUCAGUGAUGUCGUUGCCUCUCUGGCAACGGGCAUGUACCUGCUUGGGUUCGCCGCUGGCUCCAUGGUGUCUGGUCCUCUGUCCGAGGUCGUUGGCCGCAAUGCCGUGUACACGGGGUCUCUAACCCUGUUCAUGAUUUUCAUCAUGGCCUCUGGGUUGGCGCCGAAUAUCGGGGCGCAGAUCGUGUUUCGGUUUCUGGCUGGCGUGUUCGGCUGUCCUCCGUUGACCUGCGCCGGAGGGACUAUCGCUGAUCUGUGGAAUCCGUUGGAAAAGACACUCACCUUCCCUCUCUAUGCGAUCUUGUCGUUUGGCGGGCCUGUCCUGGGUCCGGUGAUUGCAUCGUACAUGGGCGAGGGCACGCUCUCCUGGCGGUGGACCAACUGGAUCAUCCUGAUUCUCUCCGGGUUCAUUUUUGCAUUAAUCCUACUGUUGCAGCCGGAAACGUAUGGCCCCAUGCUACUCAAGUGGAAGGCGCGUCAUCUCCGGAACCUCACGGGCGAUCCGCGCUACAAGUCCUCCAUGGAUCUUCAGAAGACUGCGCUACUGUCCAGAAUCAGCAACGCAUGCAUCCGACAAUUCAGUCUCACCAUCCACGAGCCCAUCAUUCUGCUGAUUUCCCUCUACAUGACCGUGAUCUACAUCGUGCUGUUCACCUUCUUCGACGGCUACACCUACAUCUUCUCCGACAUCCACGGCCUCUCGCAGGGCCUCACCAACAUCGUCUGGGUCGCGAUGUACGUGGGGAUCUGCCUCGCGGGGUUAUUCCACCACCACCACCACGCCCCGCGCCCCGAAAACCGGCUUUGGUUCGCCAUGAUUGGCAGCCCGUUCAUCCCCGUCAGCCUGUUCUGGAUGGGGUGGACCUCGUACUCCAGCGUGUCGGUGUGGUCGCCCAUCGUGGCCUCGGCCGUGUUCGGCUUCGGCACCAUCACGGUCUUCAUCUCGUCGUAUAUGUACGUCAUCGACGCGUACGACAUCUACGCCGCGUCGGCGCUGGGCUUCAUGACCGUCUCGCGCUACUGCGCCGCCGGCGGGAUGACGGUGGUGGGCGUGCCGUUCUACCAGAACAUGGGCGUGCAUUGGACGCUGACGAUCCUUGGGGCGAUCAGUGCGCUGAUGGUCCCCGUGCCGUAUGGGUUUUACCGGUGGGGGGUGAAGAUCCGUGGGUGGAGUCGGUUUGCGGUGUAG